CGACCCUGUCUAGCACACCAGAGCUAGACUAAUGGAGCGAGCUUGCGAGUUGCCAUACUUUAUCUUAUGGUUGCUAGAGGAGAAAAUACACAUCAUACCUUAAGAAUUUUCCUGUCGUUGAUAUUCUUUCGUUUGAUCUCCAUCCCGGGACUGCGCGAGGCCAGACGUCGCAGCUUCAAACUCCGCUGCUGCAGCUUCUCCUUCUCCAACAACAUCGCAUAUUCCCUGGUUCCCCAAAGUGCGGGACGAUGUUGGGCAAUUGUCCAGGGCCAAUAUGGCGGGUCGAUGAUAUAACGAAUUGCGUGCAGAGAGAUUUCCUAAAAGUUCUUUUUCCCUUAAUCGUCGUCAGCGCUUCAUUUCUACUCCUCUUAUCACAAGCCAUCUCGAGGAAUGUCAGGUUAAAACGAAGUCCAAAACAUAAAUCGAUUUCGAAUGGAUCGGAUAUUCACGAUGCUUCGACUUAUAAUGGUGUCGCCUACCAGGGUUUGUCUGACGAGAUUGACGGUUCUCUGACUGCUGGUGAGGAGGACGAUGAAGGCUUGAUCAUAGGUGGGGGGCGAUUGACCUUGACGAAGACGACAACGAAGGGUUCGGUGGCAGCGAUUGAUGCCCCACGGGCACAGUAUACAAUUCUGGUGGUUGAGCUUCUGGCGGUCAUUGGGGUUGAUGCAAUCAAUGUGGCAGCGUUGGUGCUUCGCGCAUAUGGUCCCAAUGGCACAUUCGCAACAGUGGCGGGCAUUAUUACCUGGACCUACAUCUUAUUACUAACGACAUCGAGACUCACAUUAUCCAAGACGAGCUGGAGGAUACCGCGAGUAUGGAAUCACACAGCAUCACUAUAUGCCCUUAUGUGGCUUUUCUCAAUCGUUGUAUUUCGGUCUGCCAUUAUCCACCCAAGAUCCAGAACCGCACAAGCUCUUAUCAUUUCCGAAUUUGCUCUGACCUCACUCCUUUUCGGAAUUGCCAUGACUACACGGAAAGGAAACAAGGCUGUGGUGUUGGAAUGGGAGAACGAUAUUGAGCCUUCCAAAGAACCUCUUGCUAGUCUCUUCUCUCUUGCAACAUUCGGAUGGGUCGAUGCUAUUGUUUGGCAAGGAUACAAAAAAGCGUUCGAAAUUUCGGAAGUUUGGAAUUUGGUACCCAAAGACAAGGCCGCUACAAUUCUGGCAGACUAUAGACAGCUGAGAAAGACCACUGCGUUGACAUGGCACCUGUUACGCUAUUUCAAAGGCAUGCUCGUACUUCAAUGCGCAUACGCUGUAUUUUCUGGAUUCUUUACGUUUGCUCCAACUUUACUGUUGAAGGCUAUUCUCGAGUACAUCGAGGAUCCUGAAACGAGUCCACGGAACGUCAUUUGGCUUUAUGUUAUCCUAUUGUCAUUUACGGAUGUCCUUCGGUCGCUAGCAGAUGGGCAAGCUCUAUGGAUAGGUCGAAAGAUUUGCAUUAGACUGCGAGCAAUCAUCAUUGGGGAAAUCUAUGCCAAGGCAUUACGAAGAAAAGCUGCAGCUGGUGGUGAUACUAUACUUGGUGACAAGAAGGACAAGGCAGACGCAGCGAAACCGAGCAAAUGGAAGAAAAUGCUAGGCUUGGGAGGAAAGAAAAAAGACGACAGCAAGAAAGUUGACCAGAAUGAUACGAAUGCCGAAGGAGCCGCGGAUUCUACAUCAAAGGGUGGUGAUGAGCAAGUUAACACUGGCACGAUCAUUAACCUAAUGUCUGUCGAUUCGUUCAAGGUCAGCGAGGUCACCGCAUACCUCCAUUUCUUGCUCGCGGCCGCGCCCACACAACUCGUCGUAGCGGUCUACCUUCUCUACAGUAUCUUGGGUUACAGCAGUAUUCCAGGACUCGUUGUGAUGGCGAUUCUCUUGCCUGUCAACAUCGGCUUUGCACGAGCUUUCGGCAGCGCCCAAAAGAAGAUCAUGGCUGCUACAGAUAAACGUAUUCAUACGACAAACGAAAUACUCCAGAAUAUUCGCAUUAUUAAAUUUUUUGCUUGGGAACAUCGUUUCAGUGGUAUCGUCAACGAGACGCGAGCCGGAGAGUUGAAGGCACUUCGUGGUAAAUAUAUCAUCUGGGCAUGUGCUGUCGCUGUCUGGAACACAGUGCCAGUCGUCAUUACAUUCUUCUCUUUCCUUGUCUAUACUCUUGUGGAGAAGAAGCCUUUAUAUCCUUCAGUCGCGUUCACAGCUAUCUCGCUUUUUACUAUCCUCCGAGUUCCUCUGGAUCAACUGGGUGAUAUGAUUGCUCAUGUCCAGGAAUCGAAGGUGUCAGUAGACCGAGUGGAAGAAUUCUUGAAUGAAGAUGAGACAGAGAAGUAUGAACAAUUGCGACACGACAACCUUGACGAGGAAGGGAACCAAAUGAUUGGAUUCAAGGAUGCCACUUUCUCGUGGGGUGGCAAGGAAGCACCUGCAGACGAAGUCUCUUCUACUUUCCGCCUCAUGGGUAUGGAUAUCAAAUUCGAAAUUGGGUAUUUGAAUAUCAUUGCGGGACCGACAGGAUCUGGGAAGACUUCUCUUCUGAUGGCCCUCCUUGGUGAAAUGACCCUCGUCAAUGGGAAAGUCUUCCUUCCAGGAGGGUAUAGCCGCGAGGAUGUCCGACCUGAUCCCGAAACUGGGCUUACUGAAAGCGUGGCCUACUGUGCACAGCAAGCCUGGCUGGUGAAUGCCAACAUUAAGGAGAACAUUUUGUUCGCAGCACCACUAGAUGAGCAGAGAUACAAAGACGUCAUUGUAGCUUGUGCUCUUGAACGCGAUCUAGAAAUUCUCGACAACGGAGACCAGACCUUGGUGGGAGAGAAAGGCAUCACCCUUUCAGGAGGCCAAAAGCAACGUAUCUCCCUUGCCAGAGCACUCUACUCGAAUUCAAGGCACGUACUAUUGGACGACUGCUUGAGUGCAGUAGACUCGCAUACUGCGAAAUGGAUCUUCGAUAACUGCAUUCGUGGUCCGUUGAUGCAUGGUCGGACAUGUAUUCUGGUAACCCACAAUCUAGCGCUCUGCGUACCACAAUCACGAUAUAUUGUCCUCUUGGAUAACGGCAAGAUAGAGAUACAAGGCUCUUCUGACAUGGUCAUAGCCUCUGGUAAGCUAGGUGAUGAUGUCAACAAAUCUCGACCUGGCUCUGCGGAAGUGUCAAGAAUGCCUUCUCGCGUGCCUUCUAGUGUUGGCGAUGAAAGUGGAGAUACCCUCGUUGGUGAGGAGCCCGGCGAGACACCAGCUCAGAGACGUAUGUCCAUGGCUGAAAGAGCCGAGAGAAGACUUUCCAAGGUUAAGAGCGUCGACAAAGAUAAAGUCAAGAAGACGGAUGCCAUGGAGGAAACAAAAGCUGAAGGUGGUGUCAAAUGGAAGGUGAUCAUUCUCUACUUGAAGUCUAUGGGACCAUGGUGGUUCUGGGUUCUGGCUGUCCUAGUUUUCGGUGUUCAACAAUUUGGCAGUCUUGCUGCUAACAUCUGGAUACGAGAAUGGGCAAAUCAAUAUCAGACAGAAGCAACGACCUCCCACUACAGCUUUUCUUCCACUUCCUUCAUUGGCAACACUAUCUCGACAAUCCAGGUGACAAGUUCGAGGUUAUCUCAAAUCCAACCAUACUUCGACCCGAACAAAACGUCUCUCCUGGCGAAAUUUGCUCCGAACGUGGAUGUUGGAUAUUAUCUGACCGUGUAUGCUUUAAUCGGUAUGGCAUGUAUGCUUGUUGCGCUUUUCCGAGAUCUAUGGCUCUUCUUCGGUUCCUUGACUGCAAGCUGGAGAAUCCACCAGCGUCUAAUGGAAUCCGUUACCCGGGCGAAAUUCAACUUUUUCGAUGUCACUCCUCUUGGCCAGCUCAUGAACCGCUUCAGCAAAGACCUCGAAGCUGUUGAUCAAGAAGUCGCUCCCAUCGCCAUCGGAGUUAUGUCUUGCGCAUUGUCCAUCGUCGUCACUGUAGCAUUGAUCGCUGCCAUCACACCAGGCUUCUUGAUUGCUGCUACUUUUAUCAGUGCUAUGUACUUCUUCGUGGGCAAAUUCUACCUCCGUGCCUCGAGAGAUUUGAAGAGACUCGAGUCUGUUCAGAGAAGUCCAUUGUUCCAACAGUUUGGAGAGACACUCAACGGUAUCACAACUAUUCGUGCGUAUGGAGAGGAAAGACGCUUCAUCCGAGACAAUAUGCUGAGGAUCAAUACGCACAGCAGACCGUUCAUCUAUCUGUGGGCAGCUAAUAGGUGGCUUGCUUUCAGAAUCGACGUUAUUGGAGACCUUGUAGCCUUCUUCGCUGGCGCUUUUGUAGUCUUAAGCAUCGGCAAAAUUGAUGCUGGUGCAGCAGGUUUAUCGUUGAGUUAUGCCAUCAGUUUCACGGAAAACGUCUUGUGGCUUGUUCGACUCUACGCGAUGAACGAACAGAAUAUGAACUCGGUCGAGCGUAUUAAGGAGUAUCUUGACGUCGAGCAAGAAGCUCCUGCCGUCAUUGAGGACACUCGACCAGCUGCAAACUGGCCAAGUCAAGGAUCUGUUGAGUUCAUCAACUACACGACAAGAUAUAGACCAGAUCUCGAGCCUGUCUUGAGAGAUGUCAGCUUCAAGAUCAGCCCACUAGAAAAGGUGGGUAUCGUAGGACGAACCGGUGCUGGCAAGAGCUCUCUGGCUCUCGCAUUGUUCCGUGGUUUGGAGGCGGAAGGAGGAAAGAUCUUGGUUGAUGAUGUUGACAUUGGUCUCAUCGGACUCCAGGAUCUUCGAGAAUCGAUCACCAUUGUGCCUCAAGAUCCCACACUUUUCACGGGUACGAUUCGAAGCAAUCUCGAUCCGUUCCACCUGUUCACCGAUGAGGAUAUCUUCACAGCCCUGAGAAGAGUUCAACUUAUCGGCGCCGCGACGUCGACUACAAAUCCAUCAACACCUCUAAAUGCGUCUCGGCCAGUCACUCCUGCGAUUGUCGUACCUGAUACCCCAACAGGGACAUCUACUCCAACCAUAACUAACAAGAAUAUAUUCCUCAACCUAAACUCCACAGUCACAGAGUCAGGCAACAACCUCUCUCAAGGCCAACGCCAACUCCUCUGCUUAGCACGAGCCAUGCUCAAGCAACCCAAAGUCCUAAUGAUGGACGAAGCGACCGCAUCAAUCGAUUACAACACCGACUCCAAGAUCCAAGAAACGAUCCGCGAGCUCAAGAGCACAAUCAUCACCAUUGCGCAUCGUCUGCAAACAAUCGUCGAUUACGACAAAGUCCUGGUCCUCGACAAGGGACAAGUAGUGGAAUACGGACAUCCGCACGAGUUAUUAAAGAAAGAUGGGAAGGAUGCAGUGUUCAAGGGCAUGUGCGAGAUGAGCGGGGAUCUGGACGCCCUGACGAAAGCGGCGAAGAAAGCUUGGGAUGCAGGACGCUUGGUUGAUGAUGAAUAGACAGAUGUUUGUGUGGGCUCGUUUCUUAGAAGACAAAGGGAGGGAAAAAACGGGUAUUACCCAUUGUGCAAAUUAGCUUUCUCCUCUUCUCAACAUGGCAUUAUAGUUUCCUUUCUCAUCAUGGCGUAGGCUGGCAGGGUAGGAUAGGAUAGCUUCCUCUCGCAUUACAAAAUAAACACUUUC